CUUCUAGUGCUCCUAAUCCUACUCCACUAUCCCCUUGCCCCGAUCCACUUUCUCACCGCGAUUCCAUGGGAACUCCUCCUCAUGUCACUCUGGCGGUUACAUUGUCAAGUACAGCUCUAUGGGGCGUGCGGUCUCAUGUCUUCAAUAUGACGUUCAUCUAUAUCUUGGGACCUGCUGCGCCACGGUUGUCUUUCUUCCCUAUUGGGCUGUUAUUCAACCCGUGUAAUUCUACCACGCUUCGAUGCAUGUUCCUGCACAUCAGUCGCUGCGACAAGUGUAGACCACCAACCCUGUGGCUGUAUACAGACAUCCGAAGGGCGACCGUAUUGAUGCGGUGACAGCGAUAAGCGCUAACUAGAAUUGGGCAUGCAGCGACGAACUUCCCAGA